AUGAGAAACUUGAAUCAUGUGUCAUUGUAUGCUUUCACAGCCCGAGCAAUUCACAGUCAAGUGGCAAUCAUAGGAGGUGGAACUGCAGGAUUGAAUGUUUCUGCUCAAUUAGUAAGAGAUGGUCACUAUAUCCCAUAACAAAUUCGUGUGUUUGAACCAUAUAAGAUGCAUGCCUAUCAAACUGGAUGGACAUUGGUUGGUGGUGGCAUGUGUAAAGCCGAUUAAACGAUGAAGCCGAUGGAAAAGGUUCUGCCCAAAAAUGUAUGUCUGAGUGAUUGUCCAGUUGUCAAAAUUGACCCAGAAUAGAACACAAUAGUGACAAUGGAUGGAUAGAAAUACACAUAUGAUUAAUUGAUUGUGGCAAGUGGAGUGCAACGUGAUUACGCAUCCAUUAAAGGUGCUUUGGAACAACUGAACAACCCAGAAGCACCAGUAGGAAGUAUUUACUAUUACAGAUAUGCCUAAAAGAUAGACAAAAUGAUUAGAGAAUUCGAAGGUGGUAAACUAAUAUUUUCAGAACCACCUACAAAAUGUGAGGGAAUUCCAUCUAAUAUUGUAUUCCUAACACAUGAAAGAUUAUCAUCAAGAAAUGUCAAAUGUGAUUUCCACGUGUACAAAGCCAAUGAUUCUAUUUUUGGCAUUCCAAAAUACUCAGAAAUACUUGGAGAAUUGGCUCAUGAGAAGGGAUUGCACUGUCAUCUAAAAAAACGAUUAAUUGAAGUUCAAGAUCAUAAAGCCAUCUUUGAGGAUGUUGAGACCAAACAACUAUCUACAUCCGAUUAUGAUUUCUUGCAUAUUGUACCACCCUAAAAACCAGCUGCAUUCAUUGCUGAAAGUGGACUGGGUGAUUCAGAUGGGUUUGUCAAUGUCCACCCAAACACACUCCAACAUGUACGUUAUGCCAAUGUGUGGGCCUUGGGAGAUUGCUCUUCACUUCCAACAUCCAAGACUGCUGCUGCUGUGAUGGCCCAAACUCCCAUUCUUAUUAAGAACCUCGUCAGAACUUGGAAAAUGAAAUUGCCACCUCUGCCAGAAUACGAGGGUUACACCUCUUGUCCUGUCUACACUUCCAAUAAGAAAGUCUUACUUGCCGAAUUCAAGUACAACAAACAACUAGAUGAAACAUUCCCAGUCUUUCAAUCAUCAGAUAGUAGAGCCAUGUACUUGAUGAAGAAACAUUUCUUCCCAUUCGCUUAUUGGCAAUUGAUGGUUAGGGGUCUUUGGGGAGGCAGAGACGGAAUAAGAUUAUUCAAAGGAGUCUGAAAAUAUGCUCAUAUACAAUAUAUAUAAUAUUAAGAUAAUCAUGUA